UUCCGGGAUGUCCCGCUACGCUGUUUUUUUUUUUUAGCGGUGGUGUGUGUAUGUGCUGCUCCGCGGUGCUUCUUUGGAGACUUGUGUCAGUCGGGAGGGGCAACCGGUUGAUAAGUUCGUGGUUUGCAGGAGGUAUAAUUACCACAACAUGGACACAACCUCCGAAGAAGUAAACUACAUUUUUUUAAUUUGAAAGCAGGCGCGCCUCCACCUCCUCAAAGUUGAGCAGAGCACAUAUUUCGGCUCUCCACGUUUGAAAGCAGUGAGGCGUUCGCGGACACUCCGGGAAGUUAUCAGUAGUGUUCGUGCAGCAGGACGACAUCUAGUCAGUCCGCUGGUUACAUCAAGGUCUGUCCGUGUGAAUGUCCACGUUGAACAAAGUGCAAGGUCCCCUCCGAGCUCAGAUAUGAGCAGAGACCAGCUCUAACCACCACUGCUGCUGUUCCCACUGCUGCUGUUCCCUCUGCUGCUAACUUAAAUGUGCCUUUUUGCACUUUCAUUUUUUAUAAAUUAGUAUUUUCACACCGAAAAUGUCGUGCCUGUUGCUGGGAGUAAUACGGAGACGUGGCGGCGUCGGGGCGAGAGUCGGGGUUCGGUCUCUGGCCUCCAUCGCCUCGCUGCCCCCGGCGGUGGCCGAGUUUGUGAAGAGAGCGGUGGAUGAGUGUAAGCCCACCGGUGUGCAUGUGGUGACGGGGACGCCGGAGGAAGCGGCCAACAUCCUGGCCGGUCUGGAGAACGAGGGGAUGGUCAAAAGGCUGUCCAAAUACGAGAACUGUUGGUUGGCACGCACAGACCCAAAGGACGUGGCUCGGGUGGAAAGCAAGACUGUGAUUGUGACCAAGAGCCAGAGGGACACCAUCCCCAUCCCUGCCGGGGGGGCGAAGAGCCAGCUGGGCAGCUGGAUGAGCGAGUCUGACUGGCAGACAGCCAGAAAGGAGCGCUUCCCGGGCUGCAUGGCAGGCCGGACCAUGUAUGUGAUUCCCUUCUGUAUGGGUCCUGUAGGCUCGGCUCUAUCUAAAUAUGGAGUCCAGGUGACCGACUCGCCAUACGUCGUGGCCAGUAUGGGGAUCAUGACUCGUAUGGGCACACCUGUGCUGAACAAACUGUCUGAAGGGGCGGAGUUUGUCCGCUGUCAGCACUCUCUGGGACGGCCUUUACCACUCAAAGCCCCUCUGGUCAACUCGUGGCCCUGUAACCCGGAGAAGGUGCUGAUAUCUCACCUGCCAGACUCCAGGCAGAUCAUGUCCUUCGGCAGUGGCUACGGAGGGAACUCUCUCCUGGGGAAGAAGUGCUUCGCCCUCCGCAUCGCCUCGCGCAUCGCCAAGGACGAAGGCUGGCUGGCCGAACACAUGCUGAUUCUGGGUAUCACCAACCCUCAGGGAGUGAAGCGUUACGUCGCGGCGGCCUUCCCCAGCGCCUGUGGUAAAACCAACUUGGCCAUGAUGAAACCAUCUCUGCCAGGCUGGAAGGUUGAGUGUGUGGGCGACGACAUUGCGUGGAUGAAGUUCGACGGCCAAGGGAAACUGAGAGCCAUCAACCCGGAGAACGGUUUCUUCGGUGUGGCUCCCGGCACCUCAGACAAGACCAACCCCUACGCCAUGGCCACCAUCGCCAAAAACACCGUGUUCACCAACGUUGGCGAGACCAGCGAUGGAGGAGUGUGGUGGGAGGGCCUCGACCCCCCCGCAGGCAGGAUCACGCUCACAGACUGGCACGGAAAAGCCUGGCAGAAAGGAAGCUCGACCCCGUGUGCCCACCCCAAUU